AUGAAAACUCGCGGGUAGAAACCAGAACCCCAAUAUGCAUAUCAAUACAAAAAAGAUUAAAUAUUGGGACAGAGCGAAAAAGGCAAGCCUCUUUUGUAUAAAGUGGUUGAAGAUAUGAAAACCAAUGAUCAUAGAUCUCAAUUAAGAGUAGUUAAACUUGAGCAAUAAGAAAAGUUGAAGGAUGGCAAAGUAGUUUAUAAGGAGGCUGAAGAACUUUUGUUACCUGUAAAAGAGCGCACGUAAUGAUAUAAUAUUUAUUGUAGUAAAGUAGUUGAUGAUGUAGAAGUAAAUUCUACAAAACCAAAUCCAAGAAGCAAGACAGCUGUUACUUUUUUCACUUUUCCACAAGACACACUCUAAGAAAUAGCAAAAAGUAUGAAAUAGCUUCCCGCCAAUACAAAACAAUAAAAAAAAUAAGUCAGCUCUGAAAGCGAGGAUGAGGAAGAGGAACCACCAAAAAAAUACACAAUCAAAAAGGGUUAAAAGCAACAAGUAGAAACUUAACCUGAAAAAAAGGUUUUGAAAGGCAAGAAACAAAAGUAAUAAAAAGUGGAAGAAAGUGAUUAAGAGGAUGAUGAGGAGAAUGAAGAUGAAGAGGAGGAGGAAGUAGUAAUCAAACCAUCUAAAAAAGGAUCUGUUUAAAAAUCAACUAAAACCAAAGCAGAAAAUAAUUAAAACUAAAAAGUAGUUUAAAAUUAAAAACAAAAAAUCACCAAAAAGAAAAAGUAGGAAGAGAGUCAAGAAAGUGAGUAGGAAGAUGAAGAGGAAGAAGAACCAGAAGUUAAGAAUGUAAUUAAAAAAAAAUAAGUUAAAAAUACACCUGCUCCAAAAUAAUCAUAAAAAGCUUAAGAUGCUUCACUUAUAUUAAAAGACACUAGAAAAAGAGGAAGAGCAUAAACACAAUAAGAGGAAGAGGAUGAAGAAGAAGAUGAAGAAGAAUAAUCAGUCUCCUAAUCUCUAUCCUAAUCUUUUUCUGUUGAUAGUAAACGAAAGAAAGGAGGUAAAGGCAGUACUACUAGGAAAUCCAAAUCUUAACCUAAUUAACCAGGAAAAUUUAUAAGAGGAAAAGUAAAUCCUAAUUACAGAGAUUUGAGAAAUAUAAGUGACCAAUAUGAAGGACCAAGUUCAAAAUUCCAUGAUUACACUAGUGUUAUUAUGAACAAUAAAGAAUUAAUUAGAGCUGCCAGAACAGGCAAUAAAAAAUUACUAGAAGAUAUAUUUGCCAAUUCUUUGAAGAUAAGCAGUCUUUUUACAAGAUGGGGACCUGAAAAUGAAAUAAAUGCUUUAGAAUUGAUCUUCUAAAGAUAAGAUAAAGCUAUGCUCUUGUAAUUUAUUAAAUCUAUCGGUAAAAUCAAAUUAGGAGUUACUCCAAGAUGCUCCUUAAAAGAAGUAAAUACAGGUUAUAAUGACAAAUAUGCCUAUGGAGUUAGAACCAGAAAAGUUGCUAUGAGUAGAGGAGGAAGGGAGGGCAACAAUGCAUUUGUUUAUGAUUUAAAUCAAGAAGAUUGUCUCGGUCGUUACUAGAUUGAAAGAUUGAUGAAAAUUGAAACUGAUCCUGAACUCUUUGGUUUAAUGAUAGCAUAAUUAGGUGAUGAGCACUCGUAUUACGAAUUGAUUGCAAUGGCUGUAAGAUGUGGUAAUUGGAGAACUGCUGGUUAUUUAGUUUCAUAAGCUAUGGAGAAAGGCCAUAUGUAUGGAUAUAAUUAAGUACAUGUCGAUGUCUUAAAUCAUACAAGUGCUAGUCGUAUUGGCAAUAUCAAGAAAGCAUCUGCAACCAAAAAGACAAUUGGAAUGUAUUUGAUAACCCCUAUUCAUUGUGCAGCCAUUAAUCCUAAUCAUGGUUGUUUACAAAAAUUGAUUGAAAUUUCAUAAGAAUUUAAUAUAUUAGAUGAAAUUCACAGAAAACCUGUUCAUUACGCUGCUGUUUCAUAAACAAAUGAUUGCUUAAAGUAUUUGUUAGAGAAUGGUAUUGAUGCCAGAGAAGGAGAUCGAUAAAAAAAUACUCCCCUUAUGCUUGCUGCCUAACACGGAAGAACACAUAAUGUCGAACUUUUAGCUGCUAAUAAUAUUGGUGGUAAGAACAAGGAGGGAAAUGCCGCACUCCAUUUAGCUUGUUUUGGAGGUCAUUUAGAAACAGUCAAAACACUCUUAUAACAUGGAGCUCUAAUUAAUUAACCUGGUGCACUUAGAAUGACUCCAUUAAUGAUUGCAAGUGCAUAUGGGCACUAUGAUUUGGUUAAGUACUUGAUUGAAUCAGGAGCUAAAGUGAUAAGCAAAGACAAAUUUGGAAGAACUUCUUGUGCGAUGGCUGCUCGUAAUGGUAACGUGAAGAUUUUGUCACUUCUUCUUUAUUAUGGAGCAGAAUACAAUAUGCCUGAUUCAUCAAAAAAUACUCCUCUUCAUUAUGCUGCUGCUUACGGAUUCCCUGAAUGCAUUGAAGAAUUAAUGAAAGCUGGGGCAGACUAGAAUUUGCCUAAUUCAUGGAAGUUGACACCAUUGUCUGUGGCUCUAUAGAAGAAUCAUUUGGGUGUAGUCAAGACUCUCUUGAAUUAUCCUAGUACUGAUGUGAAUUGCAAGGAUGAUGAGGGAAGAACAUUAAUUUCUUCAAGUUUGAGUCGAUUUAAUGCUGAUUCUUUUGAAUAUAUGAAAUAUCUGAUUCUUGAGAAAAAUGCUGAUGUGAAAAUAGCAGAUUUAUAGGAGAAGACUCCUCUACAUUAUGCUGUGUAGAUAUCUAGAAAGAAUGUUAAACAAUACUACUAAAAGUGGAAUGAGAUGACAAAAGCAGAGAAAAGAGAUAUUAAAAAUAAUUAUGAAAAACUAUUAGGAGAGUUGAUUGAAUUGUUAAUCAAUGCUGGUGCAGAUGUCAAUGUGCCAGAUGUCAAUGGAUAGACCCCAUUUAUACAAGCAUUGAUGAGUUAGAAUUUCAAAACAGCAGAAUAAAUUAUGAAAUUAGCUACUCCAAAAUUCGAUUAUGUUGAUAACAAAGAUAGAAACAUAUUACAUAAACUUAUUGAGUGCAAGUUAUUUUUGAAUCCAAAAGGAAAUACUAUUUUAGAGAAUGUUAUUAAAACAGUUGAUUAAUCCUACAUUAAUUAAUAUGAUGAAAAUGGUUGGAACCCAUUAUUAUAUUUGAUAUCAGAAUACACUAAGUCUGCUGAACAAUAACAUGAUAAGAUUUACAUUAAGAAGGUUCAGCAACUAUAAGUUAAGUUAUUUGAAUAGAAAGUUUCUGAAUUACCCCCAGAGAAAGAUUAAAUAGAUGAAGAAAAGAAGCAUGAUGAAGAAGCUGAUUAAGAAAGAGAUUAGAGUAAAGCAGGAGAACAUGAAGAAUAUAGUGAUGAAGAUAGAAGUGAAGAAGAGGAUGAAGAAGAAAUUCCACUUAGAAAAAAGUAGAAAGCAUUUAAAAAUCCAGCCUUCAUCCCAGCAAAAACACCAAUGGCAGCAGCUCCUACUCAUAUAGGUUCACUUGUGGCUUAACCAUCUUUGUUUGGUAAUCCGUUUGGCAGUCAAAUUAAUAAUCAAUUUGGCGCAUCAUUUGGUUUAUUGUAAUAAUAAUAAUAAUAUUAAUUAUAACAAUAAUAAUAAUAAUAAUAAUAAUUAACUUCAACAGGUGGACUUGGUGAAAAUGUUUUCAAUCAAAGAACUUUUUAUUAUAACAACAAACCAAUUAUUGUUCAUUUAACAAAAGAAUAGGUGGAUGUGUUAAAAUAAGAAACGCUCUAAGCCUCAUUUUUAUUACAAGAGACAGUUCUAAAAUUGUUCCAAUAACUAAUUAAUAUGGGAGCAAAAUCCAAUAGUGUUGUGAUAAAAAGAAAGAAAUUUAGAGAGCCAGAUGAAACUUAACAAGAUGUUAAAGAGGAUCCUUACAUAAGUGAAGGUAACUACGCUAUUGCGCAUUUUUUGUUUAGAUCAUUUCAUAGUGUUUCUUUUCUUUAGGGAUUAUAAAGAAUUUCCAACAUCUCAUUCAAAGUAGCUACUCAUAAUGAUAUACACCCAAUUCACUUAUUUGCUGGCUCAUGCAAUCUAUUUGCAAUCUGUGGCAGAGAAUAAGAAACUAGUGAAACAUUCUUAAAAUAUGUCCUAAAUCACAUCGAUAUCAAAGUUAAGGAUGGAAACUUCAAUACUCCCAUUAGCAUAUUAGCCUCACGCUACUAUGGGGAUUUGAACUGGUUUAUUGAGACAUUAUUAGAAAAUGGAGGGUGCAUUGAUAACUUAAACAAAAGUAAUGAAGUUCCUCUUUAAAAGUGGGUUAAAGCCAAUAAUAUCAACAUUGUUGAACUAUUUUUGACUAAAUUUAAAGCUGAUCCAAAUUUCAGAGAUAAGUAUAAAAGAACAGCAUUGCAUCAUGCUAUCAAUUCAUCUAAUUCUCAAGCAGAUGCUAGUUUUGAGAUGGAACAUCUUUUGAUUAUGAAUGGAGCUGAUACCAGUGCAAUUGACUUUUUAUAAAGAACUCCUAUAUUCUAUGCCUUCACAAAGAUUAACAAACAAAACGAAUUCUCUGAAAUCGAUCCUUUCGAAACAGUCUCCUCUAUUUUAGCAGAUAAAAAUUGCUCUGUAAAUUGCUUAGACUUUUAUAAAAGAUCUCCUUUGCAUUAUGCUGCUUUGAGAGGUAGUGUAAUUUCUGGCAGAUAUAUGAUUAAAAUGAAUGCUGUUGUAGAUGAUGUUGAUAAAUAUGGGAAUACACCCUUGGGUCUAGCCUUCAUCAGUGGACAUUCUAAUUUCUGUACUAUGCUUAUUGACAAUAAGGCCAAUGUCAAUCGAGAUGCAAUUGUUAUUGACAGAGAAAAGGUGAAGCAAGAAGAGAAACGAUUAAGACAGGAGAGAAGAGAUAAAGGAGAAGAAAUAGAAACAGAAGAUGAAGGAGAAUCAAAUCCAGUCGAAAAUGAUGCUCAUAACAACACAUUUAAUAGUGGUGGUCUAUUCUUUGGUAAUAGAAUUUAAACAUCAGCAAAAGUAGCAACCAGAAGUGCAUUUGGAUAGAAUAAUUAACUAAAUUAAUUGCCUUAACCAACUAAAUUCCCUGCUGGAACUUAUUCAUAUUUUAAAUUAGCAAUCAAAUAAGGAUGGCAAGGUGUUGCAUACUUAUUGAUCACUGAUGGAUAUGAUCUUCAAAGAGCCAUCGAAGAUGCAAUGAUGGAAGAUCAAUUCAAAUUAGUUAGAACCUUACUCUUGAAAGUUAAGGAGGAUUCAGUUGUUCAAAAGUAUAACCAAAACCAUUAAAAUCUAUUCCACAUAUUUGCAAUUAAAGGAAGAAAUUGUGGAUAAGAUAUGGCAAUUCUGAUUGCAGAAGAAUUAUCCAGAAGGGGAGUCGAUAAGGCAUCGACUGAUAAUCAAAUGAAUACUCCAUUACAUUAUGCAUGCAAAAAUGAUUUCCUUUAAAUGAUUAAAUAUUUCUUGCAUAGGAAUGGUGAUCCUAAUGCUUUUAAUUCUGACAAAAACACUCCCUUCUCAAUAAGACUGCAAAAUAACUAUAAAGUUUUUGCAGAUUUUGUGGAAAUGGGAUUAUGGACAAGCAGUAAUGUUAAUUUAAAUAUUAAAUUUAAAGUUAAUAAGAAAGAUUAUUCACUUACUCCUUUGUUAUAUUUAAUCUAGGAAUAUCACGUAGAAGAUGAAAUCCUUCUCACUAAAUUUACUGAUGCAGGUUGUGAUAUCAACGAGAAAACUGAAAAAGGAGAAACCUCUUUAAUCCUUGCAAUUAAGAAUAACUCUUUGAAAUUAGUUAAUUUCAUUCUAAAUCAUCCUAAAUUUAAGAAAGAAGCCCAUAUUUAAGAUCAAAAUAAAAGAUCACCUAUUCAUCACGUUGUUUAGCCUUUGGAAUUUGGUUCUUAUGAAAAUACUGAGAUGUUAGAAAUCUUAGGAAAGGUCUUUGAUGUGAAUCUCAUUGAUAGCCAUGGAAAAACAGCUUUAGACUAUGCUGUUGAUUAGGAUUCUGGUGUUAUGGCAGGAAUUCUUAAGAAUUUCUCAGCUGUCAAGAAUGUUAAGUCUAAAUAACCGAGACUUCCAACUAGUGUAAUUUCUUAAGCUUAAUGGGUAGAAGAGGAAAUUGAUGUAGAGGCUGAUGCCUAAAAGUUUUUGGACUUAAAUGGAGAAUAGUUGGAAGAUUCAAAGUAGGAUUUUAAAAAUUAAGUUGAUCAAUAUGCUGUUCUAACUGGAAAACUUGAAGUUUUAGUAGACAAGGAAAUAGGUCCAUACUCCUUAUUGAUGACCAAAGUUGAUAUUGGAAAUGGGCAAUACUCAGAAAAUGUGUUUUAUAAGAUGUAGGUCUUGCAUGAAAUCAAUCGAAAUGUUUAUGUCUUAUUUACUAGAUGGGGCAGAAUAGGAACUGGAGGAUAACAUUAAUAAACUCCUUUCGAAAAUUCUGAAGAAGCAAUUAAAGAAUUUAAUAAGAUCUUUUACACUAAAACGGGUGGCAAUGAUUGGAGAAAGAUUAAAACUGGAGAAGAAGAAUUCGUUAAAAGACCUGGUAAAUAUCAGUUAAUGAAUGUGAAAAAGCUGAAGAACUACAAAUCUCUAUUGAGUCCUUUCGAUUUCAGUAAGACUUCUCCUUAUCCACCAUGCAAGUUGGAUAAUACUAUAAAGAGAUUCAUUUUGUAGUUCAUUCAGGUCAAAUUAUAUUAAAAAGAUUUACAAUAAUUCCAUGUCGAUAUGGACUUCUUGCCUAUUGAAAGACUUGAUAGAAAAUAAUUGGAAGUAGCUAAAGCUAUUCUUAAUGAAUUAACUGACAGUGUUGAAGAACUAAAAUAACUUAGAUCGAAGGGAGACUUGGAUAUUAAGAAGAUAUCUAGUAUAUCAUCUGAAAUAGCUGAUAAAUCAAGUAGGUUUUAUGAACUAAUCCCAAUGGUUGAGUUAAGAACAGAGCCUCUGCCUCCUCUAGAUUCGAUUGAAGGAAUUAAUCAAAAGCUAUUGCUAAUUGAAACUUUGCUCAAUUUUGAAAUCACAUCAAAGAUUCUUAUGGGAGCUCACUUGGUAAAAUAAUCCUUAAAUCCACUCACGUAUUGUUUCAAUGCACUUAAUGUGAGAGUCAUUACUCUCCCUCGAGAACAUCCAGAAUUUAAGUUGAUUGAUUAAUAUAUAAAUCAAUCCGCAACUCCUAAAAUAUCUAACAUAUUUGCAAUUGAGAGAAGAGGAGAAGCAGAAAGAUUUGAAAAUAAUAAACAACAUAAUAGAUUAUUACUUUGGCAUGGCUCCAAAAUUUCCAACUUUAUGGGUAUUUUAGCCUAAGGACUCAAAGGUAAAAUUAUAAGUUUAACUAUUAGUUGCACCACCUUGGGCUCUCAACACAGGAUCAAUGUUUGGAAAGGGAAUCUACUUCGCUGAUAUGUUCUAAAAGUCUUUUGGCUACACAGACGAUUGGUCCCUACAUUAUAAUGCCUAUAAUGGUCUAUUCUAAAGCGGUGGACAUUGGAAUAGAUAAUAAUAAGUAGUUAAAGAUGAAUAAGAAGAAAUUCAAAGAUAUAGAUACAUGUUACUUUGUGAAGUUGCUGUUGGUAAAUCAUAAGAGCUUUACCAAGCAGAUAAUGUUCAAAACUUACCACGUAAUCUAGCUAUUUUUAUCGUUAGAACAAUAUCAAUCCGUGAAGGGAUGUGGAAGAAGAGGACCUGAUUACAAAUAAUCCGUUAUUCUAUCAAAUGGAUGCAAAGUUCCUGUUGGAUAGUGCAUAGAUUAUCCAGAUCCUAAAAAGAAAGAUAAAGAUGGCAAUCCAAUCUAAUACUAUUUAUAACACAAUGAAUAUAUAGUAUACGAUGAAACCAAGGUUAAAUUUAGAUAUAUGGUCUAAUUGGAUACCAAAGAUACGGUUGACGAAUAUUGAGUUUCUAAUUUCCAUAUAUUUUACAAUCAAA